AUGGAAAGUCGGCCCCUCGUCUCACAGGCCCAAUCCGACACGUCUGCGCCUGUGCCUGCAGAUGUGGCGGACGCACUCGAUGACUCGAGACUCGAAGACGAGCUGAGGGACUCUCCAGAGCGCAUCCAAUCCGACCCUCUCCCGUCCAGGCCUGUGUUCCCGGAAGAGCAGCAGUCACAGUCGCAUUCCCAAGACACGCCUCAGUCGACUACUGGCCCCAGCUCAGUCCAGGACAAGCUGGCUGCAAUCCACGACAGCGACCAUGCAGUGUCGAAUCGGACGAGCAUGUCCCACUGGGACCCCGAGCCAGGAUUCGCUCAUGUCGAUGGAGAGGUUGGCGGCGUAGGUUAUAACGAGACCAAGGUCGAUAUUGUUACUGUCCCAUGCCCCGGAGCGGACCCCGUCGAAACCUGGACCCGUGACCCCCUCCCAGAUGGCUUCUUCGGCGACCCUGACCAGGUGGACCAGAUAUCCCACCCGGCAAUAAAGGAGCUAGCUGGUGAUGCCAUCCUGUCGCCUGGAAUCGGCGGCAACUUUCCCAAGGCAGCCCACCUGUGGGUCAGGCAGGGCAUCCGCCGGUAUGCCAGCACGGCUAGGGUCAUGCUCUAUAGGCAUCGUGAGCUGACCGAUAGCACCACGCUCGACGGCCUGGCUAGGGAUUUACUGGAGAAGGUGCUCCAGAGGCGCGAGGGACACCAUGUAUCCCGCCCCGUCUUUUUCAUAGCGCAUAGCAUCGGUGGGCUGGUGGUCAAGAAGGCCCUGCUCUUGGCAAGCAAGAAUGAGAAGUACCGCGGCAUCUUGUUCAACUGUCACGGUAUUACCUUCUUUGCAACACCACAUCGCGGCUCUUCCUACAUGUCUAUGCGGAACUUGAGCGAAAGCAUCCAGCUACUCCUUCACCUGCAGCGGCCACUGCCACCAACCCUGGCACAUGAAAUCCGAAUCAGCAACAAGAGUCUUAUCAAGAUGCAUGAUGAAUUCACAAACGUCGUCAGCGAAAUGAGAGUCUGGAGUUUCUACGAGACAAUAGACUCCCAACUCUCCGGUUCCGGCAUGGGCAUCGCAAACGAGGUUCAAUUCUCUGCCCCGCUCGUCUCCAUCAAAUCGGCCAUUGUCGAUGUAAGACAGGAAACGAUAUACUCUUCUCUGGAGAGCGAUCAUGCCCACUGUGCGUCUUUCGGCAUUACCAACCCUCGAACGCUGGCCACCUAUCUCCAGGACUUGGCCGCUGCAGUCGCCAAAGCAGAGACCCUAAGCCAGACCAUUCACACUCCCCUGAAGCUAAAGGAACAUGUCAAAGUCGAGCUCAUUGGAUUUUAUGAGGAUCCAGAUGCUAGUUUCGAGUCCGACGUUCGCCUGUAUUUCACCAAGUAUCAUCUCGCAGAGUUUCUAAACAAGGGGCCCGAGAGAUGCUUGGAAGAGCGUCUGAAGCGUGUCUCACGGCGGCACGGAGCGCGUGGGGGCCGCGAGGGGGCUCAGAUUCCAGUUGACCGAUCCAACAGCGGUCAUCGUGGUGGUGGCUUGAAUAUCCUGACAGGGGUACAGAGCUUAUUGAGGUCUGCUGUUUCCAGUUCCAAUGAACAACGACGGCCCGACUCCCCCGAUAUCGUUGUUACACUCCCGUCAGCCCGGCCGGAUGUCGAGGGACACUCUCCACCUCCGGCAGCUGGAAGACGUCCCCACAGUCUCACGCUUCCAGCGUUGUCCACGCCCGGAUUCCAGCGUCCUUCCAGCCGAGGCAGUGCUGUUACGACCAGUACAAUGUCUGACCCGACUGAUCGGGAGGUGUCUCCAAGGGACGGGGCUACUGCUACACAUCAAGGAACCGAGACCAUCGAAUCUCGGGCAAGGGCAGCAUCGGACCAUACAGGCUUGGACCCGAGGUCCAAAUCUCAAGUUGACAGACUUAGCAAGACAUCUGCACUGGCAGACUUGACUGCUGGAUUCUCGAGGCCAAAUGCUGACCGCAGAAAGUUCAUGUGGAUCCACCUGCCUUUCACGAACCCACUUUGGGUCAAGGACAUAUUCGACAAACUAUCGGAGACACACUUGCAGGACUUCAGCAAGCUUUUCAACAACGAAAAUUGGGUCUCAAAGCAUGUGCAGGGCCGGCAUUCUCAGUCUCAGCCGUCAUUUGUCAGACCCGCCGUCCACUACUUUUCUCCCGACUCGGUGCCAUCUCCACGACUGUCACACUCUAGCCCCAAGCUCAACGCCGGUCCUUCACCUACUUACCUCUACGUCUAUCUCCCGUACCUCCAUUUCGAUACAUACAAGCAAAUCAUCAAGCGUAGAAACAUCAUGACGCGGAGGUUGGCACACGGUCGCUCUAGGCCAGUGCCCGAGGAUAUUGCCAACCUGGAUUCACUCGAAUCGCGCAUGAUCUGGGAAUACGUGGGCCAUGAUCCGCCGCUGAAUUGUCGUCGGACACUGGAUCAAUUUGGAUAUCCUUCUCUCAGAGACACGUACGCCCGUGAUGACGACCAAAUGCUGUACAAACUCACAAAGAAAGAGGCCCCACGACGUCCCUUUCUGGGAAAGACCUGGAGCGACGAUCAAUCGAUCAAGUCUCUGGUCGAAAGAUAUUCGGUUGGCACAAAGCUGCUGCACGAGGUCAUUGAGAAGGAGAAGGAGGUUGCUGCCUCGGAAUCUGAUAGUGAACACGAGGAAGAACUUCGCGAUGGGAAUCUAUUGAUGGUAGACCAACUGUGGCUUUGGGCGAUUGAUACCACAACAUUGACGACGUUCUUCCCAAAACGAGAGUCUCGUCCAUCCGAGGGAGCCUUGUUCCAGCAAGCAGAUCUAAGGAAUAGCAUUUACAACGAGCUGAACGGUGAUCUUACCGGGAGGUGCGAGAAUGCACUAGACCUCGCAGCCUUCGUUGCUCUACAUGCCGUUACCGUCCUGCUAGACCGAUCAUCACAUCCCGAUCUCGAAAUCUUCCGCAUAUUCGAGGAAGCCAUAGGAAUAUUGACCGAACGAAUGACAUGGAACCUCAAGAAAUUCCGCAUGCAGACUUUCAAGGACGUUGACUCGGAAGACGAAAACCUGGCGGAGACCAGCGCCAAGUCAAUCAAGAACCGCCACAAGCGCGAGAUCGAGCGGGCUGAGCGGGAGAACCGCGAGAACACGUCCGCCCUCAUGGAGCUGCGCGACAUGGAAGACGAGCUGAGGACGCUGAUGAAGCUCUUCGAGACGCAGACGACGAUGCUCGGGCGGAUGCUCGAGAUUUAUUCAGGCGACAACCUGAAGGACAUCACCCAUCAUGGGCGGGUGUACCUUAACGAGGCGCUGGGAAGGCUGGAUGAGUACAAGUCCCAGACGAUUGAGAUGCUGGACAGGGUUGCGGCGACUAGGGGAGACUACGAGAAACUCCUUGAGAUGGCCCAGCGCCAAGCCCAGGUGGACGACGUGAGAUGGUCCCGCCUGCAGACGGAGCUUGCCAGCUCGCAGAACCUGUCGGUGAUGAUCUUCACCAUCUUCACCGUCAUAUUCCUCCCGCUUUCCUUCUUCACCUCCCUUUUCGGAAUGAAUGUGGUCGAGUGGAGUGACGACCGGCUCCCGACGAUGGCCUUCAUCGGUGAAAUCAGCCUGCCUCUUUCGGCGUUCAUGAUCUUCGCUACCCUCAUUGCGGCCUUCUCCUCUCGCGUGCAAAUCUUCUUUGGCACGAUCUGGCUGAGGUUCAAGAGGGUGUGGGAGAACUUCAAGGACAGCGCAAAGGAGCUGGAGCCCGAGGCCAGCAGGGAAGCUAAGCUGCGGCGGAGGGCGGAGAAGGCCCGUGGGGACAGGGAGGAGCGCGAGCGGAAGAGGAAGGACAAGAGUUAUGACUUCUGGGCCACGGUGCGGCGUCAGAGGACCCUGGCGUCUUAUGAGAUCCCUGACUUGAAUAGGCUUUCGUACCCCGUGAACCUCCUCAAGGUAGAUCAGCAGUCGGGUGCGGCGGCCCGUGUCAAACGCUUCAAGCCUCUCUCAACGGGUGCGUCACGCAGAUCACUGCUUCACUGUCAGUCCAUUUCGAUGAACGACUUGUCGAGGCAGACCGGCAGGAUCGGGUGGGGGCGAGAUGUAUUCACUGAUUUUGCCCCCAUCCUCUGGCUCCCAACUUCAUGCUGUGAUACCAUAAUUUGGUUUGGAACGGGCAAGUUUAUCACCCUGGCCGUUCCGUUCUACCAGGUGAGUUAUGUCAUGCAGGUGAACGUCCCAUUCAACCCGACCUUUGCGAAGCUCAGCCUCCUGGCUCUCUACUACCGCAUCUUCUCGAUCAAAUCAACGUUCGCACGUUGGGUAUGGUGUUUGGUCAUCUUCCAAGUUUGCUGGUUUCUUGCCAUGGUCCUUUGCAGAAUCAUGUUUUGUCUCCCGAUUGAGAAGCUCUGGCUCGAGACGAUACCAGGCCGUUGUCUGAAUGUACCCCUGCUACUUGCUGUCGAUUGGUCGGUCAACGCCGCCCUCGCCUUCGCCCUUAUUGCUCUGGGUAUGUGCAUGGUUCGCACUUUAGCCAUAUCGAAGAGCGCCAAGCGGAGACUGGGGCUGCUGUUUGUCCUGGGAGGGUUCACAGGAGUCAUUGACAUCGUUGCCAUUACUCAGGCCUACGGAGUUACUUCCAGUCUGACACCCGUUUGGAUUGUAACCGUCCAUAUGCUUUCCAACUCGAUCUGCUGCUGCGCACCCGUGCACCGCACUAUCAUGCCCGAAAUGCCAUUCGUUAAGAAAUUAAAAUCCAAGAUCUACUUUCUCUACGGCAGCAGGAACAACGAGUCAGAAGAGUCCAACAAUCAACCUUCGUCCACCUUCGUCACUAUAGGUGGAACCGUGAAGAAUAGAGGCACACCCAACCAGGAGUUGAUAGAGCUCAACAGGGUCAAUUCCCCUGGUGAUGGGGAAAAUACGACGGAGGUGAGGGAACUUGUGUAG